GACGGAACUGGAGAAAGACUUGGCGGUGCUGCGCUUGGGCAUGGCGCGGGACGCGAAGCUUAAGGUUAGGGUGAAGGAGGUCGCCGCGCUCAAGCGCAAGAAGGCCAAGCUGCCCCCGCAGAAGAUCACAUGCAAGGGAAAAGCGAAGCUC